GGCGGGUCAGUGUGGGAGAAAUCCUGGGGCCCGUCGGCAGCACAGCGCUGAGUGAGCCGAGCGGAGCGAUGCGCGUUCACUGAGCCGGAGGAGAGGAGAGAGGAGGACCGCUGCCCGUUUUUUUUUCUCCCCCUCAGCCCUCACUUCCACCGCGCCUCACUCUUACAAUCACUGCCUAAUCAAGAGCAUCUGAACCUUUUUUUUUACUGGGGAAGAGGGGAAUAUAUAUAUAUAUAUAUAUAUAUAUAUAUAUAUAUAAGCGAAUGGAAUUCUGUUGUGGAAGAAUCUGAUUUUAUUUAUUUAUUUAUUUAUUUAUUUGUUUCGUUUUACACUCGGACUUCAUCCGUCCGGAGUCGAAAGCGGUCUGUCCAAGUUGUUUUUAAAGCUGACUACCAAAUCAUGGGGCGUGAAACUGGGCCAACACCGAUUGUUACAUGCUUCAAACCAGGAAGUCGGUUCAAAGGCCUAACCCUAGAUCAUCAGACGCAGCUCUGAAUCACCGACAUCAUCAUCGCACUUUCACCAUUUUUUAUACAUAUAUCCCAACUUAGACUUGGCUGGACAAGAUCAAGAUUCAAUCUGUUAUCAACAUUAGACCUUAAAGCAAAGAAUCUUUAAGUAACCUAUGUGGAAUAUAAGAGUCAGCAGGUAAACGCUGGAGCUAAACCGUAACCAAAUGGUUCCAUCACUUUGAGGAUCUAUCCCUAAAUUCCAACCCUUCUUUUCGACACCCUUUGGUUUUUCUACGAUGAAUCCCAACAGCCUUCCUGGGCCUUUUUGUCUGCUACUAAGUACCCUGCUGAGCCUGAGCACAGGCUUGGAGUUUACUGGUUCUCAAGGCCAGUGGGCUCGCUACGUGCGCUGGGAUGCCAGCUCCAGGGGUGACCUGACAUUUCAGUUCAAGACCUCGCAAUCGGACGGCCUGCUGCUCUACUUCGACGACGGCGGAUACUGCGACUUCCUGCUGCUCGCCCUGUCCGAGGGCAAGCUCCAGCUCCACGUCAGCAUCGACUGCGCCGAGACCACCAUAACCUCGGACAAGCCGGUCAACGACAGCCGCUGGCACUUCGCCGCCAUCAACAGGGAGAACCUGUGGACCGGCUUGGCCGUGGAUGGUCAGAGCAAGACGGGCGAGGUGCGCCCCCAGCGGCAGUUCAUGAAGAUCGUCAGUGACCUCUUUCUCGGGGGGCUUCCGAGGGAUAUCCGCACGGCCGCCAUCACCCUGCCCUCGGUCCGCGAGCUUCCGCCGUUCAAAGGGAUUAUCACCAACCUCAGUUACGGGAGUAAGUUGCCCUCGUUGGUCAAUAGCCAGAAGGUUCGUCUGGAGAUGAUGGGCCUUUGCACGGAGAACCCCUGCGAGAACGGUGGGAUCUGCUCGCUGGCAGAUGGAGAAGUCUACUGUGACUGCUCCAAAACUGGAUAUGUAGGUCGAUACUGCACGGAAGCAGUCCAGAGAAAACCAGAACUCGCACACCUGAAGGCAGACCAAGGUAGAAACAAAGCACGAGAGGAGAAUGUGGCCACCUUCCGCGGCUCGGAGUACUUCUGCUACGACCUGUCGCAGAACCCCAUUCAGAGCAGCAGCGAUGAGAUCACGCUGUCUUUCAAGACAUGGCAGCGGAACGGCCUCCUCCUGCACACGGGGAAGUCCGCCGACUACGUCAAUCUGGCCCUGAAAGACGGGGCGGUUUCCCUCGUCAUCAACCUCGGUUCUGGGGCCUUUGAGGCCAUCGUAGAGCCAGUCAAUGGAAAAUUCAAUGACAACUCCUGGCACGACAUCAAAGUGACACGCAACCUGAGACAGCAAUCAGGCAUUGGACACGCUAUGGUAAACAAACUACAUUGUCUGGUGACGAUCUCCGUGGACGGCAUCCUCACCACCACCGGCUACACGCAGGAGGACUACACCAUGCUGGGCUCCGACGACUUCUUCUACGUGGGCGGGAGCCCCAGCACGGCGGACCUGCCGGGAUCUCCAGUUAGCAACAACUUCAUGGGCUGCCUCAAAGAGGUGGUGUACAAGAACAACGAUAUCCGACUGGAGCUGUCUCGCCUGGCCCGCAUCGUUGACCCUAAGAUGAAGCUCCAAGGAGACGUGGUUUUCAAGUGUGAAAAUGUUCCCACGCUUGACCCCAUCAACUUCGAGACCCCCGACUCCUUCCUGGCCUUGCCCAAGUGGAACACCAAGCGCGUCGGCUCCAUAUCCUUUGACUUCCGCACUUCGGAACCCAACGGGUUGAUACUCUUCACCCACGGCAAACCGCAAAACCGGCGCGACGCCAAGGGCCAGAAGAACAACAAGGUGGACUUCUUUGCAGUGGAGCUGCUGGAUGGUGGGCUGUACCUUCUUCUGGACAUGGGCUCCGGGACCAUCAAGGUCAAGGCCACUCAGGCUAAAGUCAGCGAUGGGGCCUGGCACCACGUGGACAUCCAGAGGGACGGCCGCUCUGGCAUCAUCUCGGUGAACAGCCGCCGGACCCCUUUCACAGCCAGCGGGGAAAACGAGAUCUUGGACUUGGAAGGGGACCUUUACCUGGGAGGUUUGCCUGACAGUCGGGCGGGCUUAGUGCUCCCUACCGAGCUCUGGACCGCUAUGCUCGACUACGGCUACGUGGGCUGCAUCCGGGACCUGUUCAUCGACGGACGCAGCAAGGACAUCCGGCAGAUCUCGCAGUCGCAGAACGUGACGGGCAUCAAGUCGUCGUGCAGCAAGAUGACGGGGAAGCAGUGUGACAGCAGCCCCUGCAAGAACAGCGGAGUGUGUAAGGAGGGAUGGAACCGGUUUAUCUGCGACUGCACCGGAACGGGCUUCUGGGACAGCACCUGCGAGAGAGAGGCUUCCAUCUUGUCUUAUGACGGCAGCAUGUACAUGAAAGUGGUGAUCCCGAACAUCAUGCACACAGAGGCCGAGGACGUCUCCCUGCGCUUCAUGUCCCAGCGGGCCUUCGGCCUGCUCAUGGCCGCCACGUCCCGCGAGUCAGCGGACACUCUGCGGCUCGAGCUGGACAGCGGGAGGGUCAAACUGACGGUCAACCUAGACUGUGUCAGGAUAAACUGUAACACCAGCAAGGGCCCUGAGGUUCUUUAUGCCGGACAAAAGCUCAACGACAAUGAGUGGCACUCGGUGCGAGUGGUCCGCCGCGGUAAAAACUUCAAACUCAUUGUGGACGACGACAUGGCCGAAGGUCAGAUGGCAGGUGACCACACCCGCCUGGAGUUCAGCAACGUGGAAACGGGCAUCUUGACUGAGAAACGUUUCGUUUCAUCAUCGCCGUCCCCUUUUAUUGGCCACCUACAGAGCCUCAAGUUCAACGGCAUGCAGUACAUCGACAUGUGCAAGAACGGCGACAUCGACUUCUGCGAGCUCAACGCCCGCUUCGGCAUGCGCUUCAUCGUCGCCGAUCCCGUCACUUUCAAGACCAAAGGCAGCUACCUGGGCUUGGCCACCCUGCAGGCAUACACCACCAUGCACCUGUUCUUCCAGUUCAAAACCACCUCACCCGACGGCUUCAUCCUCUUCAACAGCGGAGAUGGGAAUGACUUUAUCGCCGUGGAGCUGGUCAAAGGGUUCAUCCACUAUGUGUUCGACCUGGGGAACGGGCCCAGCCUGCUAAAGGGAAACAGCGACAACCCGCUGAACGACAACCAGUGGCACAACGUGGUCAUCACGCGUGACACCUCCAACACGCACACUCUCAAAGUCGACACCAAGUCGGUCACGCAGAAUGUCAAUGGGGCCAAAAACCUCGACCUUAAAGGUGACCUGUUUGUUGGAGGUUUGGGACCCAACAUGUAUCAGAACCUCCCUAAGCUGGUGGUUUCCCGGGAGGGCUUCCAGGGCUGCUUGGCAUCCGUAGAUCUCAACGGGCGCCUGCCAGACCUCAUCAACGAUGCCCUGUUCCGCAGCGGCCAUGUAGAGCGUGGCUGCGAAGUUGGUUUCACCAAAGCCGACCUGCAAGGCCCGAGUACCACCUGCCAGGAUGACUCGUGCGCCAACAUGGGUGUGUGCAUCCAGCAGUGGGAGAACUUCACCUGCGACUGCUCCAUGACAUCGUACACAGGCACCCACUGCAACGACCGUGAGUACUGUUCGCUCUCCCGGUUCAGCUUUUAGUUUCUUUUGCAGAGA